CCGCCGGAACACAAAACUUCGCGCAAUUGGAGUCCCUUGAUGUCAGUCAAAAGCAGCUUUGCCACCACCUCUCCUGAUUCUCUUCUCUGCUGCACUUGGCGACCAUAUCGGCCGUCAGGGAAAGAAAUGCCAACGGGAUGAGGGGAUCGUAGGCCAUGUAAAUACAAAAUAUAAAAUGUUUACGAUUUCAUCGACACAUCGUUUUGCUGCUUGCUUUUCGAUUAUCGCAGUUAUGGUCCCAGUCGUCUCCCGUCCGUGUGUUUUAUCCACCACCGUCUCUAGCCUCGGGAAAAUCUACCCGACUAUUCUUGAUAGCAUUUUUUUCGCAAACAAAAGAAGACACCCGAAAAAGCAAUAAAAGAGCACGACAAAAGGAUCGAUCCAGGUGCCCCCACCUCAUGGAGAAGGUUGGCAAGGUGUGGAGCAACCUGAAGAGGGGAUGUCAAUCUCUGCUCCACACAGAUGGGGGUUCUCACAUUGAAACAACACCACAGCUUCAACAGCAAACAGACAUGGUAUGCCACGUUGUGGACAAGGCCCAGGGAGACAGCACACUGGAGGCCGCCAGUCCCUCUAGCAGUGUGGCAGCCCUCCCACUAGUGGCAUGGAGGACCAGCGGGAGUGUGUCACGACGGGGCCAUAACUGCGUAGCAGAUGUACCCCAGAUACUAGAGAUCACAGUCGAGCAGGAUAUUGAAGAUGCUCAUGCUCCCCUGGGAGCCCGCAGAGACUCUUAUUCACGUCAUGCACCUUGGAGCGGAAAAAAGAGACACUCGUGUUCCACUAAGGCUCAGAGUUCUCUGGAGACCACAGAUCGGCGAUCAGGCCGGUCUCGACGCAGACAUGGGACUGGUAGUAGCCAUGAGGAGUUGGAGCCGGGAGCAGCACGCUCAAUACGCCAGCAGAUCCAUGACACAGUGGGCCUGUGCCUCCCAUUGCGCUCAUCCUCUCGAAAUGCUCACCUUCCACCACCUAAACGUAAAAUACAAAUUACUGAGCUGAUGCUGGAGACGUGCCCCUUUGCACCAGGAUCAGACCUUGCCCGAAAAUGGCACCUCAUUAAACAGCACACGGCACCGGUCACAGUGACACCAGUGGAUUCUUCCUCAGAUGCCUGUGGGGCUACCUGUGCCUCACCGGAAGAUGAGGAGGAGCGCUUGCGAGAAAGAAGGCGACUCAGCAUCGAGGAAGGCGUGGACCCACCUCCAGAUGCCCAGAUCCACACAGUGGAGGCCAUCACAGCGCCCCUAGCUUCCCUUUAUAAGCUGGGACCUAAGCUGGCCCCUGGAAUGGGUGAGGCUGAUAGCCGGGGGGCAACAGCAGCUAACUGUGACUCUGAGGAUGACGACACCACCACUCUUUGCUUGCAAGCUCGCAGGCCCAAGCAGCGGCACACUUCAGCUGAGGGCCAUCUGAGCAGCAAGCAACCGGGGCCUUGGAAAGUGCACACCCAGAUCGACUACAUCCACUGCUUGGUUCCAGAUCUGCUGAAGAUCACAGCACUUCCCUGCUACUGGGGUGUGAUGGACCGCUAUGAGGCUGAAGCACUGCUGGAUGGUCGGCCCGAGGGCACCUUUCUGCUGCGAGACUCGGCUCAAGAAGACUAUCUGUUCUCCGUUAGCUUCCGCCGCUACGGCCGCUCGUUGCACGCACGUAUCGAGCAGUGGAAUCACAACUUCAGCUUUGAUGCGCACGACCCCUGCGUGUUCCACGCAGCCACCGUCACAGCACUCUUGGAGCACUACAAGGACCCUAGUGCUUGCAUGUUCUUUGAGCCGUUACUCACUGUGCCUCUGCACCGGACUUUCCCAUUUGGCCUGCAAAGUCUGGCUCGAGCUGCCAUUUGCAAUGGGAUCACCUACGAUGGCAUCGGGGCACUACCAUUGCCCCCUGCUCUGCAGGACUACCUCAGGGAGUAUCACUAUAAGCAGAGGGUGCGUGUACGCUGGCUUGAGAGGGAGCCAGUCAAGGCCAAGUGAGGCAGGACAGAUCCUUCUCAGCUCUCCAACAGGAGUAGUCCAUUCAGCACUUUGCAGAAGUGGAGGAAUUACAAGUUUUUUUGGGGGACGGGAGGAGGAAGGGGUUGGAUGUUCGGGGAUGGAGGUAUGAAGGGAGGGACCUGAAACUGAACACAUAUAAGCUUCUAUAAUUUUUUUGUUAUCACUCUAACAAACAAAGAAAUUACAAAUAUAGUGGCUUUCCAGUGUGCACAUUUCACUACAGCUUAUGGACUAGGUCACAGCAGAGCACAGCAGAGGUCUUAGUCACAUUUCCCCUUCUCCCUCAGUUCCCAUUAGAGUUGUCAAAAGUACCAACUUCGGUACCUAGUUGGAACUGAAAUUUUAAAAAUGUGACGCUUUGAGCGCUGUUGAGCGGAUUCGUAAACGCCUCUGAUUGGCCAUUGUGUUGACGCGGAUAUGUCUGUGAUUGGCUUCAAUGAUCAGCGCUUCAAAAAUAUUCUAAAUUGUCAUCAAUGACGCUCUUCACCGAACGCUUACUCAGAUACACACUGGAGUAUUUGAAAGCGGGAGCGUUUGAAAGCAAGCGUCUACUGCAGACCAGUCCGCUGAUAGACGCCUGCUUUCAAACGCUUCCGCUUUCAAAACGCUUCCAAAAAAUUAAACACUUCCGUGUGCUUUCAAACGCUCCCGUGAGUUGAUCAUUGUAGCCAAUCACAGACAUAUCUGGUGAGCCAUGAACACAAUGGCCAAUCAGAGGUGUUUACGAAUCCGCUCAACAGCGCUCAAAGCGUCACAUUUUUAAAAUUUCAGUUCCAACUAGGUACCGAAGUCGGUACAUUUGACAACUCUACUUCCCAUGGCUUUGCCCUAAGGGGGAUCUGCAGAUAUUUUUCACUGCUUGACUGUGAGGUUUAUGCCAUUUCAGUUCACCUCCCUGCCUGCCCUUAAUUCCCUUGCAUUAAAAUUGCAUUGUUAGUGUUUAUUCAAAGUAGGGGAGGGGAAAUGAAGGGUGAUUUUCAAAUAUUGCUUUUUCCAGCUUCUUUCAUCAUCUUUAGCUUUCAUGGUGCUCUGUCAGUGGUUCCCAUGGUAACAUUCUGUGCUCAUUCCAUGGUUCGAAGAGGCAUUCUGGAGCAGGAAAUAGAAAGGCUUUUACCCUGCUCAUAGAGAAUGAGGCAGAGAGAUCCAUGAAAGAUGGAUUGACCUUAAACUGUAUCUAGACAGCUUUUGGGAAUGCGUUGCAGUGGAGAGAAGGGCUCUGUAAUGUUCUGCUUCCUUACGCUUCUGGGAAGCGAUUAAGGACGACAACAUGAUGUGGUGAUGAUGUGUGUGAGAGCGCUUGGUUUUCAAAAAACAUUGUUACUCACACUCUGCGUUCUGUUGCUGUCAAUAUGUUUUGUAUUCAUUAAUUCCUACCACUAAUUGCACAGGGGGGGUGACUAAUUCUGUAUCGUCUUUUUUGUAUCGUUGUGAAUGGUCUAUUAGUGCCCUUGAAUUUUGGCACUGAUUAAGAGCACUUUAACUUAACUGUGCUUAUGUUAGUGGGUGCAGCAAAGGCAAUACAUAAACCUGCUACACUGGGACCAUUGUUGUUAGGCAUAAACACCCUCCUAUAUACAGGAAUAAACACUCUACACUCACUUUGUCUAACCCACAUUGCUCUAAACAGGAAAUAGUAAGUUUUGAGGUGACCCCAUCAGUGCCACUGGAAUUGGGUCAAGGUGGCUUGUUUUAUGAGACCUGCUUAAUUUAAAUGAUUUUAAUAAUUGAUGAAUAAUCUUUAGUACAUUUAAGUUUAGCAGAUUCUUUUGUUAAGCAACUAGGAGGAAGGUUUGGAAUUUAAAUAAAUGGAGUAUAAUCACAUUGUUGGCUAAGAGUAGGCCAAGACCAGCUUAUUGAUCACUUUAGAAUCAGUCACAUCCACACUUGAAUUUCUGUAACUACAAUGAGGGAUUUCAAAUAGAAGUUAAGAGAAAAGGACAUAUGUAUAACUCUUGUGCUGUUUACCCCAUUUGUUUAGUCUCAAAAAAGAUUAAAUCACAUUUAAGCCAGCGAUUCCUGGUCCUGGUGCCCCCUCCCCAUAGAAGAGAGACAUACAAAAUGUGCGGGAUUGGGGGGCGGGGGUGCCAGGACCGAGAUUGGGAACCAUUGACUUAAGCAGUGUGCAUACAUCUAAACCAUUAAGUUCAUCAUAUGGUGCAUUCAGUGGAUUUGUUACUAACAGUGGUCUAAUUGGAAAAGACAUGUUUUCCAAUGACCUUUCCUACACUGAGUGUCAGUGGCACCGUGAGACAUCCUUUUCAUGGGCCUGGUGCUGAUGUGUGAUGUGUUUUGAAUACUGCUAGGGAUAUUACUAUUGAUUCUUACAUCUUUCUGACUUGUUUUCAAUUGAUGCGAUCAGGUAGAACUGCCAAAUGCUAAGCUCAGGCUCACAACACCUAAACAGCAGGGUAUACAGUGCAACUAUAACCAGCUUUGUGUGCUUGUGUGUGUGUAUGUGUGUGUUGCACUGACCCUGACCUCAGUCAACCGUAAGAGACUUUUGCUGACUUGAAAAGUUUUGUUAUACGCUCCUCCCGGGCAACAUUAAUCCACAGUCUAUCCUGAUGCAUUUAAAGUCGUCUUCCUGCACGUUAUCCUGUCGAGUCUUUUUCCUUGCACAAGAAAGGAUGUCAGGAUCAUCCUGGGAAGAAUUCAAAGACAUGAGGAGAGAACUUUGGGGUGACAUCACUGCAACCACUGUGUGGUUUGAUCUCCCUCACCACCUCUCUCUCUCUGUAGGGUGUGGGUGAAAUUAGUGCAAUUUAGACAGAGCCUCGGCUUGUAUGAUGGUUGUGAAGCAGGUUUCAGGUUGACAUGGCAUCUGAAGGGGCCAGCUGUCCUGCUUACUGCUCACCUGUAAAAGUGUCAUGCUUGGCUUUGCUCCAGACACUCCUCACUGCACUAACCCGUGAAACUUGACGUGUACCUACCUAUACCUGUGUGUACCAAUUUUCAUCAGGGGUGGAGCAUUUGCUCAGUCAGAUGGGGGCAGAGCAGAGGAUCAUGAUGCCUCUUCUCUCCCCCCUAGUUUUCCCUAGUUUUACUAAAGGCAUAAUGGAUUAAUAUAUAUAUAUAUAUAUAUAUAUAUAUAUAUAUAUAUAUAUAUAUAUAUAUAUAUAUAUAUAUAUAUAUAUAAUAUAUAUAUAAUAUAAUAUACAGAUUUUUAAAAUAAAAUAUUUUUAUUAUUAGUAACUGUAAAGAAAUGCAAUAAUGUUCUUGGGCUUAGCUAUAAUGGUGACCCAUGUGAAAACUGAUGUGAAUUGUCUGAGAAAUAGUUCUCCAUUGAAAUUGUCUUCAGGUUAGAAUCAUUCUAUUCACAUCACGACAACAUAGGAUGUUGGUGCAGUGUGUCAUAAAAGUGUGUGAGAGAAACUAUAGAUAAAUGUGACCAAAGGUUUAAGUUUGGUGAAAAAUCAUCAAUGUGAUUCUCACAAAAUUAUUGCUAAAAUGUUCCAAAAUAAACAUUUUGAAGUUUAAAAAAAGGCCUAGUUUUAGACCCUAAAGGUGCUCAUUGGCUUACUCUAUGGAUUAACUUUCAGAAGUGCCUUUUCGUAAAUACUUCCCCCUUUCCUCAAGAAACCCAAAUUCAGUUGUCCCCAGUCUGGUUAAUUUGCAUCCUGCAGCAAAUUAAAGCAAAAUGCGACAUAACCGUAUUCAUUAGUUAUGUUUUUUAUACAAGUGUGUUAUUGUGUGCUGAAAGGAAGUUCGAAGAAUUUGUGAACAAAAAGGUUUUAUUCCCCCAUAUUUUAGUAUCCCAAGUUGUUAAGGUCUGGAUUUGCUGUUUAUCUGUUCACCAGAACAGUACAGUUAAAUGUGAUUAUUAAAUAUUUAUACACCAUCAGGUGUAUGAUUGACUCAAGUGAUCGGUCAGCACAUAAAAAUGUGCAUAGAUGGAGACUUCAUCACAGAUCACCACAAAGCAAGAUGAAAGGUCAUGAUUCUCAGAUAUGAUACUGAGGCUUAGAUUGGCAGUGUGUGUCCUCACAAGAUAUACACCUGUCAAUAGCCUAGCCGGAAUUUCUUCUAGAAAAUAACAAUACUAUGUUAAAAUGUUAGAGAGAAUGUUGCAAGCCAUUUUAUGUGCAGAGCCUUGCACAUUACCAACAGGAAAAGUUUUCUGUUCAAUAUUAUUUGAUACGUUUCUGUACACAAAGGGAGGUUGUGUUCAGCAAUGUUUAGACAGAAAUAAAAGACUGACUUGUAUUAAAUUUUGUUGGAUCUGUUUCAGAUUGAAUAAGUCACAAGCAUCACCAUGGUAACUGUGUUACCUUAAGGUUCGAAUGGGCUGAAGGUGAGGUUUAGAACUGGGUGCCAUGAUGACAACACUUGACAAUGAUUACACUUAAGAUGACUAUUGCGCCACCCAUGACCUGCCUCCGUAUUUCUGAUUGGACCCUUGGGACUAGCCCCUCAAAACACUUGCUGAAACAUACACCAUGGGUUCUGUGGAGUGAGGUGGAUAUCACUGUCUCUCACCAUCUUAUAUGUUUUAAUUUUUUUUUUUAUACACUGCCCAAGGUUUGUACUGUACAAUGUAAUUACUCGCACUCAAUGUCCUUUAUCUUACCUUUCCUUCAUUCUCUCUUAUGUACAGUUAAUGGUCCCUACUCCCAGGCUGUUACUAAGUUGCUCUGUUGUAUUAUUUUGUUUGACUUUGGGUUACAGUUUGCUGUUUUUGGGGGUGGGGGGGCUCCACAUGCCCCUCUUUCACCAGUAGCUGUCACUCUUGGUGCUCUUGGCUUAUGCUUCAUUGUCUUAAUAUUCAAAAAUAAAAGUGUUGUAUGUGUAA